AUGUCUUCGUACGACGGGUCGCGCUCGGCGCGUCAAUCGAAACGCUACUCCAUGUCUGCGCUGUACAUGUCCAUGUCAGCACACGACGGCGAUCUCCAGAUUGAAGAUGAACUGGCCAAAGCUCAAAAGACGCUCCGUGAACUGAAAUCCAAGAUCUCGUCUCAGUCCAAGAAGAACUUUGUUUUGGAGAAGGAUGUGCGAUACCUUGACUCGCGCAUUGCCUUGUUGAUUCAGAACCGCAUGGCGUUGGAGGAGCAGAACGAAGUCGCGAGCCACUUGGAGGACGCCACCGACAUGCAGGAGGGCUUCUUCCCUAACGACGACAAAACCCAGAAAUACGGCAACCUCAUGUUCCUCCUACAAACCGAGCCGCGACACAUUGCGCAUCUGUGCAGACUGGUUUCGAUGGCGGAGAUUGACUCCCUUCUUCAGACUGUCAUGUUCACGAUUUACGGAAACCAAUACGAGAGCCGCGAGGAGCACUUGCUGCUCACCAUGUUUCAAUCCGUCCUGACAUACCAAUUCGACACGACUGCCGAUUUCAACUCGCUUCUCCGAGCCAACACGCCGGUAUCACGCAUGAUGACGACUUACACCCGGCGAGGCCCCGGCCAGAGCUUCCUCAAGUCUGUGCUCGCCGAUCGAAUCGAUAGCUUGAUCCAGCUGCGGGAUUUGGAUCUGGAAAUUAAUCCUCUGAAGGUCUAUGAGCGCAUGAUUGAGCAGAUUGAGGAGGACACUGGCAAGCCUCCGCCUAAUUUACCCAAAGGCAUCACCGCGGAGCAGGCUGCCGAAAAUGCGCAGGUACAAGCCAUCAUCGAGCCUAGAUUGACAAUGCUUACCGAAAUCGCCAAUGGGUUCCUGAACACCAUCAUCGAGGGAUUGGAGGUGGCCCCGUACGGUAUCCGCUGGAUCUGCAAGCAAAUCAGGAGUUUGACGAAGCGCAAGUAUCCUGAUGCGAAUGACCAGGUGAUCUGCACGCUCAUUGGGGGUUUCUUCUUUCUACGCUUCAUCAACCCAGCCAUCGUUACGCCCAAAUCAUACAUGCUUAUCGACGGAACACCAGCCGAGCGCCCGCGACGUACGCUCACCUACAUCGCCAAGAUGCUGCAGAACUUGGCUAACAAGCCCUCAUACGCAAAGGAACCCUACAUGGCCAAGCUGCAACCUUUUGUCCAAUCGAACAAGGAUCGCAUCAACAAAUUUUUGCUUGAGCUGUGUGAGGUGCAGGACUUUUAUGAAAGCCUCGAAAUGGACAACUACGUGGCGUUGUCGAAGAAGGAUCUGGAACUGGACAUUACGUUAAACGAGAUAUACACCAUGCAUGGCCUGAUCGAGAAGCACCAAGGCGAGAUUUGCAAAGACGAGAACUCGCACCUGGCCAUCAUCAUGUCGGAACUCGGGGUGGCCCCAGCACAAGUCCCACGAAAGGAGAACAAGGUCAUCAACCUACCGCUCUUCAGCCGCUGGGAGACGGCCAUUGAUACGCUGACGGCGGCAUUGGACAUUACGCAAGAAGAAGUCUUCUUUAUGGAAGCCAAAUCUAUCUUCGUCCAGAUCAUGCGGUCUAUUCCUCCCGCUAGUCCGGUGGCCCGACGUCCCCUACGACUGGAGCGGAUUGCCGAUGCGGCUGCCACGAGCCGGAAUGAUGCGGUGAUGGUGCGAAAAGGCAUUCGAGCGAUGGAGCUCCUGUCACAGCUUCAGGAGCUCGGCGUUAUCGACAAAAGCGAUCAGUUCGGCCUGCUUAGGGACGAGGUCGAGCAGGAGCUCCAUCACCUAGGCUCGCUCAAAGAAGGCGUCAUUGCGGAGUCAGCCAAACUCGAAGAGGUGUACAAAACCAUUCGUGAUCACAACACGUACUUGGUCGGCCAACUAGAGACCUACAAGAGCUACCUGCACAAUGUCCGCUCGCAAAGCGAGGGCACCAAGAGGAAGCAGCAGAAGCAGCAGAUCCUCGGCCCAUACAAGUUCACCCACCAGCAGCUGGAGAAGGAGGGUGUGAUUCAGAAGAGCAAUGUGCCGGAUAACAGACGGGCCAACAUUUACUUCAACUUUACGAGCCCACUGCCUGGGACGUUUGUCAUUUCACUACACUACAAGGGCCGCAACCGAGGUCUUUUAGAGCUCGACCUUAAGCUGGACGACCUCCUGGAGAUGCAGAAGGAUAACCAGGAUGAGCUGGAUCUCGAAUAUGUCCAGUUCAACGUGCCCAAGGUUCUUGCCCUGCUCAACAAGCGGUUCGCGAGGAAGAAGGGGUGGUAG